UUCAAUUCAUCCUCGUCCCCCCAUUUCUUCCAACCCCCAACCCUUCUUCUACCACCAAGAGUACAAGAAGAACCCCGCGGACCCCCAUUUCAAUCUAAUUCCUUUCGAUCUUAUACUCUCUUCUGUAUUGAUCUUCUUUUCCAUCAUACAAGCUUGUUUCGCGCCAACGCGACCUACUCGACCUCCUCUUCUGUUGAGAGAAUUCACCCCCCCAGCCUCGACAAUAUGACGGAGGUAUCCUCCACGAGGCUCUACUUGGGCAACCUCCCGCGCGAUGCCACCAAGGCUGACGUUGAGGCCCAUUUCGCCACUCAUGGCACCGGUACAAUCAAGGAGAUCAAGCUCAUGAACGGCUUUGGAUUCAUCGAGUACGAGGAUGCCAUGGAUGCCCGAGACGUAGUUCCUGCUUUCCAUGGCUCCGAGCUCAAGGGCGACCGCCUGACCGUCCAGUUCGCCCGCGGAUCGCGCCAGCGCGACAACUUCGCCGCCACCGACCGUACGGCCCCGCGCCCCAGACGUACCCCACACAGGAUGCAGAUUUCGGGACUCCCCGGCGAAACCAGUUGGCAGGACCUGAAGGACUUCGCGCGUCAGUCCAGCCUCGACGUCGUCUACUCCGAAACCGGCCGCGACCGUGACGGCAAGGGCUUUGUCGAGUUCGAAACCGCAGCCGACCUCCGCACCGCUGUCGAAAAACUCGACGGCCGCGAAUUCAAGGGUGCUCGCGUGACCUGCACCGCUGAUACCCAACCCGACAUGCCCCGCGACCGCAUGCGUUCCCGCUCUCCCCCCCGCCGCCCCUACCCCAGCGACGACUACGACCGCCGCCCGCGCGGCUACUCCCCCCGUCGCGACGGCGGUGGAUACCGCGACCGUUCCCCACGCCGUGACUACUACGACGACCGUGGCCGCUACGGACGCUCGCCUCCGCGGCCUAGAGGACCUAUGGAUGACUACCCGCCGCCGCCGAGGAGGGGACCGUAUGAUGACCCGUAUAGGGGCGGGUAUCCGCCGCAGGUGGAUCCGUAUAUGAGAGGGGGAGAGUAUGGGAGGCCGCCGGUUAGGGAGUUUGGGAUGAGGGAGGGGGGGUAUCCGAGGGAGUAUGAUAGGAGGUAUUGAGGGGGGUGAGGUGGGAGGUGUGUGUGCGCCGUAGUGGGUGAUUGAUGAUGGGAUGGGGGGAGUGGGGUGAUGAUGGGUGAUGGGAUGGACGAGGGCGUCGCUUUUCUUUACUGCCAUGAUAUGAUACGUAUGUCUGAACGGAUGGGUUCGGUGAAUGGUUUCGGUCGGUUGGUCGGUCGGGUCGAUCGAGCUGGGCGGGACGACGGGGAUGAAAACUUUACUUCCACCUACAAAGCAAACAUCUUGUUGGAUGGAUAUGUUUUCUCCCCCUUUUUUAUAAAAAAAACCAGAUUGAGCAGCAGUUUUUUUCUUGCGCUUAGCUAGCAUGCAUGGAAAUUCUCUCAUACUACAUUUAGGGGGAUAUUGAUUUCGGGAGGGGGGGUUUAUGGGAUUAUUUUCUACUCUUACUAUUUUGACUAUGUUUGUUGUUUUUUUCUUCUUCUGGUCUACUACUUGCUACCUUCAUUGAUGAUGGGUCCGUCCUGGGUGUUUAUGAGAUGACCGAGACGUGUUUUUUAUUUAUUUUUGUAACGGAACUAUAACCGGGGAAACCACAACUGGUCCAUGCAACAAAACGACACAACACACACAAACUGGAAAAAACCAGAACCAGAAACAGCCUACACACACACGCAGACUACAGAAUGCAAGCCCUUGUAGCAGGGGUGGUGGAUAACACACAGCAGCCUUGGAAUCGAAACGACUCCCUUUUGUUUUUGUUUUUGUUUUUUUGUAACUUUCCUAUUUAUGCAGCGGGAUGGGAUGGCCAUUUGAGGAGGGA